AUGAAGGCAAAAUUGUGGGCACAAAUCGGAGAAGAAAUUAAUGAAACUGGACAAGCUGCAAAAAAAUUUACAAAAUGGCCUUGGGCUUCCCAGUUACAGUUCCUUGACUCAACUCUGACAGAUCGAGAAACAACUUCAAAUAUUCGAGAACCUACACCAGAAACAUCGUCAGCUAUAGAAACUCAAUCUCCAGAGACGCCUCCACCACAGACACCUCCACCAAGAACACAAAGCGCACCCCCGCCAGAAACACCUCCGCUAGAGACGCCCCAAACAAAUGACACAAAUAGUUCACGAGACAAACAGAUAAAAGCCAAAGUAGAACUAGCCAAGUUACUUGCAAGCAUAGAAACAGAGGAACUGCAAGAAAACGUCCAGAUAUUGAAUUUACCACAUUAUUCCAUUAUUAGUACCGAAGACUCCGUCUGCUAUGCAGUACCCAAUUCUGUGCCCGAAGAUUCAUCCCCAGUAGCUGUUAUAGAUUUAUCUAACAGUACUUCAUCAUAUCUGCAACAGCCUGAGCAGCUACAUCAACCACUACGCGAAAUCGAUAUUCUACAUGUAACUAAUUUUGGAGCAUCGACAUCUGAUUGCAACUCAGCUGAUUUUCAUAAUAAUAACACAAUGAACAUGUAUAUAAAAAAAUAA